AUGAUUCAUUAUGUUUACAUCAUAAAUACCACCUAUCAUAAACUUUCAGUUGUAGAUCAUGAUGACAAUUCUCUAGCAAAAGAAAAUGAACACAUAGAAAUAGAUUGUGUUCCAUCUAAUAUAUCUCUUUAUAAUUCCUUUUAG